CGGGAGCAGUUGCCGUGGGGAGAGGGGCCCCGAGGAGCGAUGCUUCCGGUUCUUCUUGGCCUGCUCCCCGCCUUGCGGCGCCGCCUUCGUUCCCGCCCCGGGAGGCUGCGGAAGCGGGGUGUGGGGACCGCGGUGUCUUCCCGGGCAGCGCGGUGCUUUUGAACGCGGCUUUUGCGUGCGCGGUGGAGGGGGCGUGGGGCUCAGGGGCUGUCAGUGGCGUUGGCGUCCCUCACCCGGCCUACCGUCUAGUGGUCGGGGGUUGGGACCGGCUCUGACCCGCCUUGUAGGCCCUGCCGAAUUGAGCCUUGGCCGGCCACUUGUUGCGUCCUCUAGUGUUGCGAGCUUUUGCCUGAAACACGAGAAUGAAGUUAACGCAGGCUAGACCGCGUGAUGGCAACAGAUGACUUUGUCUCGAGCGCAUUGUUCAAUCUUGGGAAAAACCGGCCAUGACUCGGAUAAGUGGCAACCACAGGAAAGCGUAAUUUCAGUUUUGUUUUAGAGCCCUUUUUGUCAUCAGAACUGACAAAGUAGAUUUUUUUUUUCUGCCGUGUAUUUUCAGCCAUGGCAGGUGGUUAUGUCCCGUUAAUUGGUUGCCUGGUGUGUCCGAGUCCUUGUUAAGCGGCUGUAGCCUAUGAUUAGGUGUCGCCCUUAGGCAACAUUAUGAUGGGCCAAAGACCUACCUCAGUUUACUGACAGUGUGUGAAGAAGGCCAAAACGAAUGGUUAGGAAAGUAAGUACUAUAAAGACUAAAGAUGAAGGCAUCACCGUGGACUUGGAGCCGUGCUGACGUAGAACGUAAGCCGUUGGUGGGUGAGUACGAUUCAGUUGCUUUCCAAGAACAGCCGUGCCCUGUGGCUGGCUCUCAGAGUUCCUGUAGCCAAGAACCAUUCAGACUGUUGACUGGUGUUGAAUACGUUGUUGGAAGGAAAAACUGUGGCAUUCUAAUUGAAGGGGAUCAGUCAAUCAGUCGAAAUCAUGCUGUGUUAACUGCUUACUUUUCAGUAACCAUGCCGAGUGAAACAGAUGAAAUUCCUAUAUUGACAAUAAAAGAUAAUUCUAAGUAUGGUACUUUUGUUAAUGAGGAAAAAAUGCAGAAUGGCUUUUCCCAAGCUUUGAAGACCGGGGACAGAGUUACUUUUGGAGUGUUUGAAAGUAAAUUCAGAGUAGAAUAUGAGGCUUUGGUUGCAUGCUCUUCUUGUUUAGAUGCUUCUGGGAAAACUGCUUUAAAUCAAGCUAUAUUGCAACUUGGAGGACUUACUGUAAACAAUUGGACAGAAGAAUGUACUCAUCUUGUCAUGAUAUCAGUCAAAGUUACCAUUAAAACAAUAUGUGCACUCAUUUGUGGACGUCCGAUUGUAAAGCCAGAAUAUUUUACUGAAUUUCUUAAAGCAGUUAAGACCAAUAAACAGCCUCCACAAAUUGAAAGCUUUUACCCACCUAUUGAUGAACCAGUUAUUGGAAAUAAAAACAUUGAUCUGUCAGGACGACAGGAGAGAAAGCAAAUCUUCAAAGGGAAAACAUUUGUAUUUCUAAAUGCCAAACAGCAUAAAAAGUUAAGUUCAGCAGUUAUUUUUGGAGGAGGAGAUGCUAGGUUGAUAUCAGAAGAAAAUGAAGAAGAAGAAAGUUUCUUUUCAGCUCCUGGAAUUUGUGUUGUUGAUGUAGGAGUAACAAAUUCACAAACUCUAAUUCCUGACUCUCAGAAAACAUGGAUUCACUCAAUUAUGGAUAUGCUCCAAAGGCAGGGUCUUAGACCUAUUCCUGAAGCAGAAAUUGGAUUGGCAGUCAUUUUCAUGACUACAGAGAAUUACUGUGAUCCUCACGGCCAGCCAAGUACAGCAUUGAAGAUGACUCCAGGGCCAAGCUUUUCCCAAGGCUUGUCUGUCAAUGAAAAACUAAUGCUAAGUGCCCCAGUGAACACUACAACAUAUGUAGCUGAUACGGAAUCAGAGCAAGCAGAUACAUGCAUGGAUUUGAGUGAAAGACCUAAAGAAAUCAAAAUCUCCAGAGUGGAACAGAAAUUCAGAAUGUCUUCACAAGAAAUAUCCGCUGCGAAGGAACCCCACAAAAUAAGCUCUAAUGAUAAUAAUACAGUAUCAAAUACUCUGGUUAGGAUGAAAAUCCCAACCUAUCAGCUUUCACCAAAUAAAUUCUCAGGUGUAAAUAAAAGUAGAGAUCGGGCUUCUCAGCAGCAGACCAACUCCAUCAAAAACUACUUUCAGCCGUCUACCAAAAAACGGGAAAGAGAUGAAGAAAAUCAAGAAAUUUUUUCACCCAAAUCAGCAAGAAUAGAAAUGUCUUGUUCUCUGUUAGAACAGACACAACCUGCUCCACCCUCAGUAUGGAAAAAUAAGGAACAGUCCCUAUUUCAGAGUGAGCUUCUGGAAAAGAAACCAGAUAACUUACUUACAGAUACAGAUUUAAAAUCCACUGUGAAAAGUUCUGCCAAUGAAUCUCUUUCUACAGACAAACUAAGAUCAGAAAAAAGAAAAGAAAUUGAUGAUUUAGCCAUUGAAGAUGAAAUAUUGGAAGAGUUACUCAACACAAAAUCAGAGUUAGAAAUUGGAGUGAAAGUUCAAAAACAAGAGGAAGAUGUCAAUAUUAGGAAAAGGCCAAGAUUGGAUAUAGAAACAAAUGGCACUUUUAAUUAUGAUGAAGCAAUACCAGAAAGUAACAGAAUAUCUGUUGAUUAGCUCUACUCUUGUUCAUGGUUGUGGUCACUCCCCUCCUGUAAAUGGCUACUGCAUAAGGACAGGACUGAGUAAAAGGAUAAAGAUUAAGUGGUUGGAAGGUAUAAUGAUUUAAUAAGUAUUUGUUAACCUAGUGUGUAUCAAGCACUGUAAAUCUAUAACUACUGUUGAGAAAACAAAGUAGGUGUCCUGUUUAGCCUAUAUAUUGGCAUCUUCCUAUGAGAGAAAAUCCUUAUUAUUUGUUAGUUUAUUUUGAGUGAAUCUUAAAUGCCUUUCUGUGGAUCAGAUGCAUCAGAAUCAGCUGGUGAGCUUUUUUUUUUUUUUGAACUUUAUUUUUAGAGAAAUAGGGUGCAUGUGAGCAGGGGAGGGACAGAGAGAGUGGUGAGGGGCAGGGGGAGAGAGAGAGAGAGAAAGAGAGAGAAUCCCAAGCAGGCUCCAUGCCAUCAGUGCAGAGUAGAGCCCAACCCAGGGCUGGAACUCACAAACCACGAGAUCAUGACCUGAGCCAAAAUCAAGAGUCGGACACUUAACCAACUGAGCCACUUAAGCACCCCAGUUGGUGAGCUUUUUUAAAAAUAUGGAUACCCAGACCAAAAUCCCCAAAGAUUCUGAUACAUCCAGUUUUCUUCCCAGAAAAUGCUCCCUCAUUUUUAGUUCAGAAUUCCUUUUGCUGUCUUUAAAAAUUCUAAAAUCAGUGGCUUAAAUAAGGUAGGGUUCUUUUGUUCCUAUAAAAGAAGCCCAGGGGGACAAAACAUAAGAGAUUCUUUUUUUUUUUUUUUUUAACGUUUAUUUAUUUUUGAGACAGAGACAGAGCAUGAACGGGGGAGGGUCAGAGAGAGAGGGAGACACAGAAUCGGAAGCAGGCUCCAGGCUCUGAGCCAUCAGCCCAGAGCCCGACGCGUGGCUCGAACUCACGGACCGUGAGAUCGUGACCUGAGCCGAAGUCGGACGCUCAACCGACUGAGCCACCCAGGCGCCCCAAAACAUAAGAGAUUCUUAAAUAUGAAGAACAAACCGAGGACUACUGGAGAGGUUGUGGCAAGGGGGAUGGGCUAAAUGGGUAAGGGACAUUAAGGAAUCUACUCCUGAAAUCAUUGUUGCACUAUAUGCUAACUAACUUGGAUGUAAAUUUUUAAAAAUAAUAAAAUAAGCCCAGAAGUAGGUAACCAAAGCUGCUUGGAAGUUCCAUGGUAUUAAUUUCUUAGGUGUCUCUUUUUCUCUCUACUAGGUGGCACCUCUAGCCAUCAUGUCAACUUUCCAGGGAGGAAGAACAAGGUGGAGAAGGAGACAGGGUAAAAAGGCCUCUCCACUUAAGUUCCCCCUCACAUUCUAAGGAGUUCUUUCAGAAACCUCACUUUAUAACUUUGGUUAUUAGCCAGAAUUUAGUAAUGGUCUUCAUGACUCCCUAUCCCUCACCUUCAGUCUACAAGAGAGUAUGGGAAAUGUUUUAAGCUUGACACAUUGCUGUCCCUAACAAAUUUAGCAUUAGAUAAGUAAGGAAGAAAGAAUAGACAGUGAGAUCCUGUUUAGCCAAAUUGAGAACUUCAGAGAAAGGGAGGUUCUUUAUUAUCAAAGAUUAGCUGUCACUUUACAGAAGAGGUUACUUGAACCAAGUGGUUUAUAUAUCCUGUAAGUUACUUGCUUAGCAGUUUCCACUAGAGUGGAACUUCACGUUGGUUUCAUGUGGUAUUGGUGAAGUCCAAGGGAUGAUUUCCUAACUACAUUUAAUAAAUUUGUAUCUCUUUAUAAAGGUAUGUUUAUUUGUAUUAUGAAUUUACAAUGUUAUUUUAGCUCCAGACUAUUCCAAAAUUUGUGUUCAGACUACUUAAUACUAUAAGCAUUUAAUCUUUAGAAAGUUAGACUCUAUUUAUAUUAUUUUCAUUACACCAUGGAAAUGCAUUUCCCUUGCAGUGUAUCUUUCCUCCUGUACUCAUUUUUAGUUUUUUCUGGUAUGUUCUUAUUUUCUUUCUCUAGUCUUGUGCUAUUACAUGCUUUCAUUUUUUUAAUAGCCUUUUUUUUUUCUUCUAUCCCAGAUUGGUCCACUGUUCACAGUGGCUACAGCUCUGUCUGAAAAUGGUUAUGGUUUUAAUAGCAGAACUCUUUGGCCCCUCCUGUAUGGCUGUUAAUAUUCUGAAAUACUCUGCAUUGACUGCACAUUCUCCCAGGGUUCAUGGUCACUCAGGGUUGGGCAUUUGAUCCUAGAGUGGGAGAGACAGGAAGUGAUCAUUAUACACCAGUGAUACGGGGUUUAGUAAACAGUCUUUUGUGUAUCUGAAAAGACCUUUCAUUUAAUAGCUGAGCUUUACGUGCUGUAUAUUGAUACUAGGGCAUACAGUUACUUUAUUUUGUUCUGUGGUUCUGUAGCAUAAUUUCCUCUGUCCUUACUUUACUACUUUAGAAUUCAUAACAUUCUAAAUAAAAUUACAGAAAUCUUCUGGAGGGUGAAUAGUGAUUUGAUUGUGAUAUACUUUUGGGUAUAUUAAAAGUUCAGUCACUGUAUUCUAACACUCUACAUAUUUAGUAAGAGCCUGUUAUUUUGCUUUCAGUGUAAGAUAAUUUUUGACAACUUUUUAUUUUGAGAUAAUUGUUGAUUCACAUGCAGUUGUAAGAAAUUAUAUAGAGAGAUCCAGUAUACCUUUCAUCCUGUUUCCCCUAAUUGUAACAUCUUGUAUAAUUACAGUACAAUAUCACAACCAGGAAGUUGACAUUGAUGCAGUUCAUCAACCUUAAACAAUGGGAGAUUAUUUUUAAUUUUUUCACUUUUAUCGUUUUAAGAAUUUAUUGUUGGAAAGUCCUUGUAGAUGAGAUGUUCAUGGAAUAAAGGAAUUGCACUUAUUUUUUUUAGCUGUGGAAGUGAUUAUCAGGAAAAAAAUUCUUAAUCCUU